AUGGUCAAAAUUACGUCGGACAUCGUGAACCAUCUCGUACGUCACUACUGCGGGAACUGUACCAACCAUAUAAAACAGAACAGUGGUCUUCCAAACAAUGCACGACAGAAGAGCAUGCAGGAUCUUGACACUGACAGAUACAAAACUACAGCCAUGAAUAAUAUCAUUCAAGAUGAUCAAAACAACAAGACAGCCCUAAAAAGACCUAAGUCAAAGAAGAACAUCAACCAUUUCACCGAUAUGCACGGUCUACCUUGCAUAGAGAAGAUUGUGUGCACCGUGGAGGACACUCCACGCCCAAUCCAAACAAAUAUCACAGGCAAAUUCCCAGAAUGGGUCAAUGGCAGUUUCUUGAGGAAUGGCCCUGGGAAGUUUGAAAUUGGAAACCAUAAGUUCAACCACUGGUUUGAUGGCAUGGCUCUACUUCACCAGUUCAAAAUUUCCAAGGGACAGGUGACAUACAAAAGCCGUUUCCUCUCCAGUGACAGUUACCUGGCCAACAAAGAAAACAACCGCAUUACUGUUUCUGAAUUUGGAACGGUCACUGUACCAGACCCUUGCAAAAACAUUUUCCAACGCUUUCUCUCAAGAUUUGAAUUACCAAAGCCCACAGAUAAUGCCAACGUGAGUGUGGUGACCUACAAAGGCGAUUACUAUGUAAGCACUGAAACAAAUAUGAUGCACAAGAUAGACCCUGAGACACUGGAGACGACCCAAAAGGUGAACUGGAGCAAUUUCAUUGCUGUUAAUGGAGCCACAGCACACCCUCACACUGAUCUUGAUGGCACAACAUACAACAUGGGGAAUUCAUUCUCCUGUAAAGGAUCAUACUACAACAUUAUCCAAGUGCCUCAAAACAAAGGCAACAGUGAAGAAACUCUGGAGGGAGCCAAGGUGCUCUGUUCUAUUCCCUCAGCAGACAGUGCCAAACCCUCCUACUACCACAGUUUUGCAAUGUCGGAGAACUACGUGGUAUUCAUUGAGCAGCCCAUUAAGAUGGACCUGUUGAAGAUUAUUACAGGCAAGUUGAAAGGAAAGAGUAUUAGCGACAGUUUCUCUUGGGACCCCAAACUCAAAACCAUCUUCCAUCUGAUUCACAAAAAAACAGGGAAGGUGAGCGCCAUAAAGUACCUUGCUCAACCACUGUCAGUCUUCCAUCAAAUCAAUGCCUUUGAGGAAGAUGGUUAUAUAAUCUUAGAUAUGUGUGCAUCAGAUGAUGGCCAGGCAAUUUCAAACUACAAUGUCCAGAACCUUCGCAAGUCUGGAGAGGAUCUUGAUGAGGUGUAUAACACACUGUGUCGAGUAUUUCCACGCCGUUUUGUUCUACCUCUCAAUGUUGACAAAAAAACACCGUUCAACCACAACUUGAACAGCUUGCCCAACAGCUCAGCCACUUCGUUAAGGAUUGGCAAGAACAAGAUAUUCUGCACACAUGAGGAUCUCCACGGGGAAGACCUUCAUGAGUACGGUGGUCUGGAGUUUCCUCAGAUCAACUAUGGAAAGUACAACACCCGCGCUUACCGCUACUUCUACGGCUGCGGUUUCAGACACCUUGUUGGGGACUCGCUGAUUAAGAUGGACCUGAAAGAUAAACACAUGAAGGUUUGGGAAAAACCUGGUCUAUAUCCCUCGGAACCUGUCUUCAUACCCUCUCCUGAUGCCAUAGAGGAGGAUGAUGGUGUUAUUUUGUCUGUGGUCAUUACGCCACAUAAGGACAAGAGUACAUUCCUCUUGGCUUUGGAUGCCAAAACGUUCGAAGAGUUGGGAAGGGCUGAGGUGCCAGUUAAUAUCCCAUAUGGCUUCCAUGGAACAUUUCAUGCCACAGUGUAA